GUAUGGCAAGGUUUGAAUGGCCGAGUUUCUUUCCAUCGCUUUCUCCAAGUUUAGUCGAUAUGCCGUGGCUUAUAAAAUGGAAUGAUACUUGCUCAGAAGUAACGGUUGCCGAGCAGGAGAAGGAAUACACAGCAAUGUGUGAUGCUUUAGCUAAUCAAGGUCAUGACGACAUUCCCAUUGGACAGACUCGGAGUGGUGCAGACACUCCUGAAACAUACAGUAUAACAGGAGAGGCUGAUGAGGAAAUCAAUGGUGAAGAAGACACCGAUGUUGAAAUAGAUGACGAUAUUGCAGACUUUGAUGUCGAGUCUGAUGACGAUGUGGAGGUGGCCAUGACAGAUGGGGUUAUUAAUGAACUACCCCCUUGGUAACUCAGAAGUUAAUAUCAACCCGCAAAGAGGGCAAUGCUCCAGAUGCAACAUUUUUAAUACAGAAACUACAAUAGAAAUUUUAAAAAUAAUUGAG